AGACUCAGGAACCGCGCUGCCGCUGGGUGUGAGAGGGGAGGAGCAAGUAACAGGCAGCCGGGGAGAGUCCGGGUGAGUCCCCCUUCAGUUCCCCCCAAGUCCCGUCACGGCAGCGCGGGAAAGAAAGUGAGACUCAGAAACCUCGUUGCUGCUGGGCGGGAGGCGGGGAGGGGCAUGUCACCGCCGGCGGCGGCCACUGGAGGCCUGCAUGACGGGACGGGUGUGUGCUGCUGUCGCGCGGGGCACCGCCACUCGCCCACGUAAAAUGCUUUCCCACGCCCAGCUUCCACUCCAGGUCGCCUGUGGCCACUAGAUGUGUAGUUAAGGACAAGGCGGUUCUUGUCAAUAACCACUCGCCCGGUUGCUGCGGGUUGGCCACUUGCAAUUUUUGUUGGGCGAGUGCUGGGGAGAUGUUCGUUCAGCAGACAAAACCCCACAAACUUCCUCGCCUCCCCUCCGCGGACAGCGGUUGCCUCAACAGCGCCUGGAGCCGCUGAGAACAUUCCCGGUACAGUGUACUCUGUAGAUAGAGGCACUAUGUACUCGGAGUGGAGGUCCCUACAUCUUGUAGUUCAAAAUGAUAAGGGUCACACCAGUGUACUUCAUAGCUACCCUGACAAUGUGGGGAGAGAGGUGGCAAAUGCUGUUGUGCGUCCCCUUGGUCAAGCCUUGAAUGCUUCGACAGGUGGAAGUGAGAGUUUACUGAAAACAGACAAAGAAGUAAAAUGGACCAUGGAGGUGGUGUGUUACGGACUGACUCUCCCUCUAGAUGGUGAUACUGUAAAGUACUGUGUUGAUGUAUAUACAGACUGGAUUAUGGCUCUAGUCUUUCCAAAGGACUCAAUUCCUUUACCUGUUAUUAAGGAACCAAAUCUUUAUGUUCAGAGCGUUCUCAAACAUCUGCAAAAUCUCUUUGUACCAAGGCAGGAUCAAAGUUCUAGCCAGAUUAAAUUGUGUUUGCAAGUUCUGAAAGCUGUCCAGAAAUUGGCUCAUGAAUCGAGCACCAUGGCUCGGGAAACAUGGGAGGUUUUGUUAUUGUUUCUACUACAGAUUAACGAUACUCUGCUGGCAGCUCCGACAGUGCAAGGUGGUAUUGCUGAGAGUCUGGCUGAGAAGCUGAUUGGUGUGCUGUUUGAAGUAUGGUUACUAGCCUGUUCCAGGUGCUUUCCCACACCACCUUACUGGAAAACUGCCAAAGAGAUGGUAGCGAACUGGAGGCAUCAUUCUGCAGUGGUGGAACAAUGGAGUAAAGUAAUCUGUGCCCUUACUGCUAGAUUACUCUGCUUUACAUAUGGACCCUCAUUUCCACCUUUUAAAAUACCUGAUGAAGAUGCCAGUCUGAUUCCUCCUGAAAUGGAUAACGAGUGUGUUGCCCAGACUUGGUUUCGCUUUUUACAUAUGCUGAGUAAUCCUGUGGAUUUGAGUAAUCCAGCAAUUAUAAGCUCUACUCCCAAAUUUCAGGAACAGUUUCUGAAUGUGAGUGGAAUGGCUCAGGAAUUGAAUCAGUAUCCCUGCCUUAAACAUCUGCCUCAAAUAUUCUUUCGAGCUAUGCGUGGGAUCAGUUGCUUAGUGGAUGCAUUUCUAGGUAUUUCACGGCCACGAGCAGAUAGUGCUCCACCCACACCAGUAAAUAGAUUGAGCAUGCCCCAUACUACUGCUGUCAAUACAACUCCACCUCACAACCGAAGGCAUCGAGCUGUAACUGUGAAUAAGGGAGUAAUGAAAAACAGUACAGCAAGCACUGCCCAUGCUUCCAAAGUACAACACCAGCCAUCCUCCACUUCUCCACUGUCUAGUCCAAACCAGACCAGUUCUGAGCCUCGACCACUCCCUGCCCCCCACCGGCCAAAGGUUAACAGUAUCUUGAACCUCUUUGGAUCGUGGUUAUUUGAUGCAGCGUUUGUUCAUUGUAAACUUCAUAAUGGAAUAAACAGAGACAGCAGUAUGACUGCAUCUUUUAUCCAAAUUCUUCUUUCUUAUAAAUCUUCUAUAGCAACGCAAGCGAGUGUGGAAUUUCGCCGGAAAGGAUCACAAAUGUCUGCAGACACAAUGGCUUCCAAUCCCAUGUUUGAUGGAGGUGAAUUUUCAGACAACUAUGAAUCAGGCAGAGCAGAGGCAUGUGGAACACUUUGUAGGAUAUUUUGUAGCAAGAAGACUGGGGAGGAUAUACUGCCAGCCUACUUAUCUCGAUUUUACAUGCUUUUAAUUCAGGGUUUGCAGAUAACGGAGUCCAUUUGUCACCCGGUUCUGGCCAGUGUUAUUCUGAACUCCCCUGCAUUGUUCUGCUGUGAUCUGAAAGGAAUUGAUGUCUUAGUUCCUUACUUCAUUUCAGCUCUUGAAACAAUUUUACCGGACAGGGAACUUGUAAAGUUUAAAACCUAUGUGAACCCCACAGAACUAAGAAGAGCCUCUAUCAAUAUCUUGCUCGCCUUGUUACCUCUUCCCCAUCAUUUUGGAGCAAUAAAAUCAGAGGUUGUUCUGGAAGGAAAAUUCAGCAAUGACAACGGUUCAUCCUAUGACAAACCAGUAACCUUCCUUUCAUUGAAAUUAAGGCUUGUCAAUGUACUCAUAGGAGCACUGCAGACGGAAACGGACCCCAACAACACUCAGAUGAUACUAGGUGCAAUGUUAAACAUAGUACAAGAUUCAGCACUUCUGGAAGCCAUUGAUUGCCAGAGGGAAAUGAAUGGCAAUGAAAAUAAUGUCUUGAAAAGCCACAGUCGCAAUAAUAGUGGUGUUAGCACAGCAAGUGGAGGAAGCACAGAGCCCACUACUCCUGACAGUGAGAGACCAGCGCAAGCUCUCCUAAGGGAUUAUGCUCUUCAUACAGAUACAGCAGCCGGACUCCUGCUUCGCAGCAUUCAUUUGGUAACACAAAGACUCGACACCCAGUGGAGACAGGAAAUGAGCAUCUCACUAGCUGCGUUAGAGCUGCUUUCUGGAUUGGCAAAGGUGAAGGUUGGUGUAGAUUCUUCUGACAGAAAGAGAGCAAUUAGUUCUGUGUGCGGCUACAUUGUAUACCAAUGCAGUCGUCCAGCCCCUCUCCAUUCCAGAGAUCUUCACUCCAUGAUAGUAGCUGCAUUUCAGUGCCUCUGCGUCUGGCUCACUGAACAUCCAGACAUGCUUGAUGAAAAGGACUGUUUAAAAGAAGUAUUGGAAAUUGUAGAAUUGGGCAUCUCAGGAAGUAAAUCCAGGAACAUUGAACAAGAGGUCAAGUACAAAGGAGAUAAAGAACCAAAUCCUGCUUCCAUGAGGGUGAAAGAAGCAGCUGAAGCUACCCUCACAUGCAUCAUGCAAAUCCUUGGAGCUUUUCCUUCACCCAGUGGCCCUGCUUCUCCUUGCAGCUUGGUGAAUGAGAUCACCUUAAUUAAAUACUCCCGUCUGCCUUCCAUUAACAAAUACAGCUUCCGCUACUUUGUCCUGGACAACAGUGUCAUCCUCGCAAUGCUGGAGCAGCCCUUAGGGAAUGAGCAAAAUGACUUCUUUCCUUCAGUCACAAUUCUCAUCCGUGGGAUGUCUGGAAGACAUGCGUGGGCCCAGCAGCUUUGCCUUUUGCCGAGGGGAGCCAAAUCAAAUCAAAAGAUGUUUGCCCCUGAACCUCGUCCUGCACCUAAAAAUGAUGUUGGAAUCAAAUAUAGUGUGAAACACCGGCCAUUUCCUGAGGAAGUAGACAAGAUUCCUUUUGUGAAAGCUGACCUGAGCAUUCCAGACUUGCAUGAAAUUGUUACUGAGGAACUGGAGGAGCGGCAUGAGAAGCUGAGAAAUGGUAUGGAUCAGCAAGUUCUUUAUGAGAAGUCUAUAGAUCAGCAGAUGGAAGAAGAAUGGAGGAGGAAGAAUUUCCCUGAUCCAGUCACAGAGUGUAAACCACCACCUCCUGCACAGGAAUUCCAGACAGCUCGUCUCUUCCUCUCUCACUUUGGAUUUCUGUCACUAGAAGCAUUGAAGGAACCUGCUAACAGCAGACUACCUCCUCACCUGAUUGCACUUGAUUCUUCACAACCUGGGUUUUUUGAUGACAUUGGCUACCUGGAUCUGCUGCCCUGUCGUCCUUUUGAUACCGUGUUUGUUUUCUACAUGAAGGCAGGCCAAAAAACAAGUCAAGAAAUCUUGAAGAAUGUAGAGUCUUCCAGAAAUGUUCAGCCACACUUCCUAGAGUUCCUGCUCUCUCUUGGCUGGUCAGUUGAUGUGGGGAAACACCCUGGAUGGACAGGACAUGUUUCAACAAGCUGGUCCAUUAACAGCUUCUGUGAGGAAGAGGGAUCUGAUCAAGAUGAAAUAAUCACUUCAGAAGAUGUUGGGGCAAGUAUCUUCAAUGGGCAAAAGAAAGCACUGUAUUAUGCAGAUGCGCUUACAGAAAUAGCUUUUGUUGUUCCCUCGCCUAUGGAGUCCUUAACUGAUUCAUUGGAAAGCAAUGUCUCAGACCAAGAAAGUGACUCCAAUAUGGACCUCUUACCUGGAAUACUAAAGCAGCCAGCUCUGACACUUGAGCUCUUCCCCAAUCAUACAGACAAUCUCAGUUCUUCGCAGAGGCUCAGUCCAACUUCCAGAUCGAAGAAGUUUCCACAAGGUCGUUCUAUUCCUCCCAUGGGACCUGAAACCAAGGUGUAUGUUGUCUGGGUUGAACGCUAUGAUGAUAUAGAGAACUUCCCUCUCUCUGACUUGGUUUCAGAGACCAGCACUGGAGUAGAAACUACAACAAAUAGCAGCACUUCACUGAGAUCCACUACUCCUGAAAAAGAAGUUCCAGUGAUCUUCAUCCAUCCCCUCAAUACUGGUUUAUUCAGGGUAAAAGUGCAAGGAGCUACUGGGAAAUUCAACAUGGUCAUCCCACUGGUGGAUGGGAUGAUAGUUAGCAGGAGAGCUUUAGGGUUCUUAGUGAGACAGACCGUAAUAAAUAUUUGUCGAAGAAAAAGGCUGGAAAGUGACUCAUACAAUCCCCCUCAUGUCCGCCGAAAACAGAAAAUAGCUGACAUUGUUAAUAAAUACAGGAACAAACAGCUGGAGCCAGAGUUUUAUACCUCGCUUUUCCAGGAGGUUGGUCUCAAAAACUGCAAUCCUUAGACCAAUAUCCUCCCUGAACAAUUCAAUCAGAGCUUGGUGUCUGUGGUAAUGAGAGAACAUUCCCCCGUCUUGGAACUCCUGUAUCAAGAAACCACAACCUGAGCAUGAUUUCUGCUUCUACUACAAGGAAAAAAUAAGGACGUGGUAUUCAGCUCCACAUCAUCAGCUGCUGCUGCUGCAGAGGGACAAAUUGUAACACCUUUCAUCGUCAAGCAUUAUUUAAUAAUGGACAGUAUAAUGGAUGUGUAGUAGAGAGAGAGGGUUAAUUGUGCUUCUCAUGUUCACAUAAAAUGCCAGAUUCUGAGCACAGAACUAACAUAUGAUGUUUCAUACUUGGCUUCUUUAGAAGGCUGGGUUCAAGGGCCAAUUCUUUCAAACACCACAAAAUUUCAGAGUAGUAUCUGUGCUGUUGAUGUGGUCUAGAUCCAAGGUGCCCGCACCAUGGCUCCAUUGCUCAAAGUUUGUUUACCUUUGUGGGUUGUUGUUGCACCCUGCUGGCCUGUCUGAAGUGAUAGCUUUCAGCUGUGAGGAGGGGGAGCAAAAAAGCUUGAUCCCUUGGAUCAAUUUCAGUCACUUAAGAGCUUUGGGGCACAGCCACAUGCCUGUGUAGUGGUUUCCCCCCUCAUUGCAUUCAUGACCAGUGUUUAGUUCCUUGUGUUUCCACCUGUCCAAUUUUUUAAGAAAGAGAAGUAACAUUCUUGUCAAAAAGAAAAAAGGAUACAAUUGGAAUUUGAUAAUGUCUGUAUACAAGGAUGGAAAAUUAGCUCCCAAUGGCACUACUGUGAAAUCUGAAUGAAGGAUUUCUAAACUACAAACAUCCUUUAUGGAAGGGAGCAGAAACUUCCUUUCAGGUCCCCCAGUCUAACCAUUCUUUGUAAUUUAAGAGGUAGGUGUGGAGAGUAUAUGUGUUUAAAAUACCUUAAAUGGAAUAAAAUGCCAUAAUUAACUAAUAUUAUUUGAACCUUUUACCCUGUACGCUAAAUGCCUGCUCAUAAACCACCUGUACAGGAUCAUCUAGUUAUACGUGGACUCGGUAUCCGUGGUUUCGCGUAUUCACGGGUGUCUAAUUGACACCCGGCUUCAUUAUCUACAGAUACGAAAGUGUUAGAACUCUCGUACCCACAGUUUCUAGAGGGUUGGAAGUGACCACGGAGGUAUUUUCCGGCCGCCAUUUUGUAGCUGAUUUAAGCCUUUAAAAAAAAAAUCCACAAUAUUUGGGGAGCAUUGCUGGACACUAGGAGACCUGCAGAGCAUGCUAAGGCACUUUAUUUGGCCCAUUUUUGUGUUAUUUUGAUGGAGUUUUUUGAGUCUAGUAAACCUGACCCUUGCGUUUCCAUAGACUCAGUGACUCAUUAUCUGCAGUUUCAUUAUCUGCGGUAAUAUAUGGGAAUGGAACCCCCAUGGAUAAUGAGGUCCACCUGUAUUUUUAAUGAUCUAAGUAGCCAUAUACUUAUAAUUGUUACAACUGAUGGAAAUGAAAUUGUUUUAUCCUAAGUUUGCAAGUAUAUCAGGCAAGGACUAGACACCUAGAUCUUUUGUACACAGCUGCUGCCAAAAACAGCAGGCCCUGUUGGUACCUUAUUCCAUUCUCAGAAUAUCUAGUAAUAAGAGAUGCGCAAUGUGACACUUUCACAUUUCCCUGCAUUUCAUUGGCUGCUACAUUUUGGAGGCAUUACUGGAGUGGGGAGGAAGAGGUAGUGCAGGGCUGAUGUUUUUAGCCAUUGCUCUGUGACUCUUAUAAUGAAUAGUUCCAGCUUUAGCAAAACCUACACACAAAUUUGGGCAUGACUUUAAAAAAGAAAACAGCGUUGUCAUGGAAUUUUCUUGCUGUUUAGAUUUAGAUCCAGGGCAGAACAUUAGUGUUUUUAUAGAACUUUAUUUUAGCCUGAUGAGAGCUUUUAAAAGCUACCCCUUUUGCAAAUGGAGGCCAUCUUAUUAAAAGGAGAAUGAAAAACAAAUGUGCUUUGGGGAAGAACUCAAGGUAUAUGAGAUAUGUUCAAGGGCACAGUUGCAUGUUCAGAAAUGACAGAUACCACCCAUUUCUAAAUACAUUUAUCAGGAAACAAGUCCUAUUAAUUUUAAUUAAUUCCAACUGGUUUAAUAAUCUUACUUACAUGCUUACUUGGAAAACUAAAUUUCCAGCUCAGUUUGAUGCCUUUGCAUUUUUUCCCCUGUUGUGACGUUUUUACCGUAACAAUGCAUGUCAUCAGAACACUUUGUGCGUUAGUAUUGCUUAAUUGCAGGAAGACUUUGCAGGUGUUCAGGGUUGAAAUGUUAAAUACACCUGCUUGGAAAUAAACACCAUCAAUAUAAGUAGGAUUCACUACAUAGUGGCUUAUGUAGGAGACUGAGGAGCUGAUAUAGCUUUGUAAGUUUUAAAUUGCUGCUGGAACAUAGCUGAGAAAUUCUAAAGGACAAUUGGCUCUCACUAUUAAUGUCCCUUGAUACUAUGCCUUCUGCAAACUAGCAUUUGCAGAAAAUAUAUAAAUAAAUAUAUAUACACAUGUGGCUCUUAACUGAAAAUACAAUUUAUUUGCUUUUAUCUUUUCAUCUUUGCUAAUGGAACACAGACUGUCUGCCUUCACUUGCUGCAGAAGACUAUUGGCCAUUUACCCAUCAAGUAAAGUUCUCUCCUAGUGUUAAUGAAUACAGAUCAUAGGAUCUUUUCCAUGUCUAAAAAUGAAUGAAUAUGGUGUAUUCCGUGUCUAAUAGGCCUGCAGUGUAGAACAGAAUAUGAACUUUGACUCUGUUGCUCUUGGAGAAAUAUUUAAAAGCCUUUUGCAAAAUAGUUGACUCACACUUGUCUGUGCCUUUUUCCGUUUUUCUAUCCAGUGUUUCCAGUGUGCAUAGCAUGGGGAUUUAAAAAUCUUUAAUUUAUGUGUUAGCUAUUAAAGACAUGCAAGUGAAGGUUUCUACUUAGACCCUUAUCUUUCUAAAAUGCUGAUAUGUGAGGAAUUGUCCUUGAAAAAGGAUAUGUGCAAGGAAAAAUGUUGAUAUACAAGGAGAUCACCAAGGAAAUAUUGAUAAGGAGGUUUUGAAGGCAGAGGGUAACUUGUCCAUCAGUAGAAAGAUCAAAGGUAAGUUAGCUUUUUGAACCUAAGAUCCUAAGGAAAAGCCAUUGUGAAAGUGACCCACAGCAGCUGAAUUAUGUAUGGUAUGGCUGAAUUAUGAUAAAGUAAUUGGAAAGGCCAGGUGUGGACAAACUUUGUAGAAGAGCUGAGCAAAAAGAAUAUGGGAAACUUCAGUAGCUUUACAGCGAUUUCCAGUGAACAAAUGUGUGGGGCUCCUUCCUCCUCUCCAAGGCUUUUUACAGCAGAAUUAGCUUGUUAACUGGUAUAGUAAAGUAAAGUCUUUCACUGUACAACAUUAGGAACACUUCUGUUAAAAUAAGUUCUCACUAGAUUUUUGAAGUAAGUGACUGCUGAAAAGCACCUCAAAAGGCCCCAGGCUCCUAAAUAAAGGAUUGAGCAAUGGACUAUGCUGCAUAUAGAGAACUGGCAUGCUGGUGUCUGUCAGCUUGACGUGUAGGUCCAAAUAUAUCACUGUUUGGAAAAAGACACAAAUUAAAGUGGCGCUCAGGUCUGGCAUGUUUUGUGGUCCUGCUUAAUUAGUACACAGGAAUGGAGUAGCAAGUAGUGGUAUCAGGGAGGCUGAAGGGCCUACUGCCCCUUGCUUAGCACCUUGCAGUCAAUGCUACUAUUAACAUGCCACUAUUAACCUAGUGCAUGGACACUAAAUUUACCUGCACUGUCUUAGAAAUUGUUCAGACUACAUGAUGACCUGUCACAUUUAGUCUAUGGAUUAAAUGGUAUGACCAAUGCAUGUGUACUACUGAAAUUAACAUACAUAGUUGAGCAGUUCAGUGUCUACAUAUACAAAGAAUUAAUGGGCAACACUGCUAUAGUUAUUUGAACCAUGCAUCUACUCUGUGCAAAGCCAUUACUUUGUAUGACAACUAGUGAUCUCCCCAAACCAACUAAGAGACACAGAUGAGAAAGGCAUGUCUUAAACCUUCAGUGGCUUUUGAACUGGGAGGCUCAUGGCCAGGUUUGGUGAAGUUCAAGUCUGAAAUAAAUUCCUUUUGAAUAGAUGCUCUCAAGUUUAAAGAUCUGCAAUUAAGUGAAAUUUUAGUUAGAGAUUCUGCCAUGAAACUACAAGAGUGAUCUCUGCUUGUAAAGAGAUAUAUUUUUGUUCCCCAGGAGUUCCUUUCUAUUUUGCAUGUCUAUAUUAAUCCCUAGGACUUGACAGGACUUCAUAAAUGGUUCAAAGCAGCCUUAGUAUAUCUUUCAAAAAGCUGUCAAACUGGCAUGCAAUCCUGAAUCCACUUGUAUGUUUGUAAGUCCUCCUGACUUCCAGUAUGAACUUACCAGCACACAAGUGGAUUCUGUGUUCAGACCUAAAAUUUGCAUGCUUGACUACUUUCAUUUUGCUUUUAAAAAUGUUAAGAAGAGGGGAGAUAACAGCAGCAACUCCUCCAGAUAGCACUGAACAAUUAAUGGAAAUGUGUAAGGGCUCACUUUCACUGUGUUCUCCUAGAUGUUCUGUGUAAUGUGGUCCUUCUGUACAGAUGCUGGUUGUCUGUGUGUUAGAGAAGGCUUCCAAAUGCACUGAUAACUUCCUGUCAGUUGUGCUGAGUUGACUGGCUAACUGCAAUAACAUGUUUCAUCUGCACCUCUAAACACUGUUGCAUUUGCAAAAUUGGUUCGUAUUAAGUCAAAUGAGACAUCAGACUUAAUCAUUCUUAAGAGAACUGUCAGGAUAAAAAUUAUUUCCAUCUCUUGUUUUGAACGACAUCCCACAAAAUAACUAAAAGAACAGAAGUUUGUAGAACAGACUGGUUCUUUUAAUGCUGCUUGUUUCCUAUUAUUAUUUCAUUUGGUUUAUCUUAAUGACUUAAUUACUGUGUACUGUUUUCGCUCUAGUCUCUUGAAGAGAUUUAAUAUUAGGGCUACAACUAUUUACCUAGUAUGUUUCUAUCAUAAAGUUCUUAUGCUCAUAGUCCUAAUGGCAUUAUGCUAUUGGGGUAGUAAAAUAUGGUCAUCUUCAUAGCACUAUGAAAGCUGUCAGUUUUAGUACCUUAAUAAAAAGUUUCCUUUUAAGAAAUAUAUAAAGCACCUUUCUUAAACAAGUCCUUCAAAGAUAUUUUAAAUGUAAAACAAAUAUCAAAUGGGGAGGGAGUUGAAGGGAAUCAUAUCUGAAAAAGCAGCUACUUGGUAUGCAGAGCAGCUAUAAAGCAGCUGUAGGAAACAGCUUGCUUCCAGUCCUCAACAGAAGUCCUAUUUACUUCAGUGGGUCAUGAGCCGAAAGAAGAGCCUUGAGGAUUGGGCUGCCCAUUAUAUGUAGCCUCUUCUCAUCAGGGAGUAUACAAUUGUCAUGCAGUGUUGAGAAUAUUUAGCCCAGGAGGAUUAUAGGACUACAAUUCAACAUGAAUAGUUAACAAAAAUAUAGCUGUGACUCAGUGAUUGUUACAAUUGUAAGAGAUAGUCUUUGAAGGUCAACUGGGUUAUUGCAGGAGUGACUUGGAAUGAGACGGUUAGAUACUGUGUGCUUAAAAUCAUGUACAAUUGUGUAUAAAGCUAUGUAUGUUGCCAAUACAUGAUCUUUUUGUUCUUAAUGUAUUUUCUGUAAAUAUUCCUAGCACUAAGUUUGUAAAGGCAGACUGUAAAUACAGAGAUGUGAAACUAUGUUCCCCUGUCUCUAGUACUUUAAUUCUUGUUUAGGGAAGGCACAAAGGCUUGUUUGUAUUUAUGCCAACUCUUUGUCUGGAAGAAACACAUCAGAUAUUGAAUGUAACACCAUUAGUCGAAUAAAUUUUAAAGAUAUUCUUAUGUA